UGAGAAUCACAUCGGUUCAUCUGCUGUUCAUACUCUGGAACAGUCGGAUGAUAUAGCAGCAAUAGAUGAGUCGCAGACAUCACCACCACCACCACCAGAUCCCGACGAUCGACUCGCUUGAUCUGCCGCCGGUCGAGAUCCUGACCGAGCUGCCGCCGUCGCCGAUAGUCUCUCCACCACCACCACCACCCCCAGUCGACGACGGCCGCUUGAAACUACCCUCAGAGCAAGACGAGGCGGAGGUCUCGGCGCCUGCUAAACGUCCGUCUCCUGCGCCUCCUGCGGGUCUGGGUCUCUGGCGGAGAUACCUCUACCGCGUGCACCAGUACUCAACCUACCCGUUCUCCGCCUUCCUCCUCCUGCACUUCACCACCGCCAUCGCGACCCCCGCGCUGACCACCUCGAUCGACGCAGGCGACAACGCGAUCGUCCUCGCGCGCGUGGUCUACCACUCCCCUCUCCUCGAGCCCGUGCUCGUCUUUGCCCCGCUCGCGGUCCACGUCACUUCGGGCCUGAUCCUGCGCCUACACAAGAUCUUCCGCGACCGGAAAUGGUACGCCAAACGCACAAAGCUGUCCCGCGUGUCCUUCUCCGGCGUGCUUCUCCUCCCGCUAGUCGCCGCCCACGUCGUCGCCUGCCGCGUCGCGCCCCUCGCGGUCGACGGCGACUCGGCUUCCAUCUCGCUGCGCUACAUCGCGCGCGGGCUCGACAGGAUGCCUGGAGGCGCGCUCACGGGCUUGCUGCUCUACUCCGCCCUCGUCGGAUUGGCGUCCUACCACGUCUGCUACGGAUGGGCAAAGUGGCUGCGCUGGCCGCGGAGGAAGAUGAUGUACGUGCAUGCCGCUGCAGCGUCGUCGUUCGUCGUCGGGGUGCUGGGGUUGCGGGUGGUUGCGCGCGGGGCGGCGGAUGUGCCGUUGUGGGCGGCGGCGAAGUAUGAUGAAAUGUAUGAUUUUGUCGAGGGAUUGCUUGGGUUGCGGGUUUAGUCUUGUUACAUAGUUUAGCACAUAGUCUAGUUACAUUUAAUUACAUAGUCUUUUGGUUUAUAAUAGGGAGUGUAAGAAAAGUGUACAGCUAAUACUAUUCACUAUCGAAUCAAAAUCAACAACAUGCUUUGUUCCUAACAUCAAACAUCAGAGAAAAAAGUAAAACACCUCUUUCUCUCAUUUUUCUCAUUCUUCUAUCGUCAAUGUGAGUCCUUCCUUACUCGGCAAGAGCAGAUUCCAGAAACUUGCUAUAUUCUCACUCCAUCAGCACACUCCAUCCUCACACCAUCACAAGAAGAAGAAAAC